GGCCGUAGUGCAUCUCGAUCUGCUUUUUAUGCCACUUGGGGAUCAGGGCUAUAACUAUAUCUUCGAUGCGCGCGAUAACCUGUCUGGGUUCGUAGACGGGCAUGCUAUUCGCACCAAGACCGGGUUAGUCUUAGUGAGCUGCAUCGAGGAAUAUUACCUGCGUUACCCUUUCGUCAGGGAAUUCGUAAUGGACAGGGGAUCGGAGUUUACCUGCCAGGAAGUGCAAAAAUUGUUAUCAAGGUCUGACUUUACGAAGACAGCCAUGCCAAGAGGAGGGAGGGGGACACGGCCGCCUCGGAGGUCGUUGGGAGCAUCAGGAGGAUAUGAGCGACAUGGGCCUCGCCAUCGAGAGAGUACUCCAGUAUACGAUGAUGGGGACAUCGAGCUAUUCCUGGACAGCUUUUGGGAUCAUGCGAGGCAUAUGGGCUGGACCGUGGCCCAAGCAAUCGAGGGACUGAGGGGAGUCGACAGAUUCGAGGAGCCCGUCGUGCGGAUCCGUAGAGAGGCGACGACGAGAUCAGAGGUGGAGUGGAGGAUGCAGGAACUGCGACCCUCGCCUGUGGGACCAGAUGGCAGGCCGAUUCGUCUAGAGAUCGAAAACGUGGCAGACUUCAUCCCUGCUUUCGAGUGGUUCAUGGCACAUCUAAGAGAGGCCUUUCGACGGCCAGAGUCCCCCCACCCCAGAGUCGAAAGACGUCAGAGGAGUCAGAGGUCAAGGGACCCUGAGCCCAGGGAGGUGAGACCGUCUCGGGGAGGACGGAAGGCCCUAGCCAGGAGAGAGGAGGAGUCGGAGCGGGAGCCAGAGGUUGAAGAGCGAGGGGCAUAUCCUGAGUGUGGGUUGGGACCAGUGGAGUUCCAUCGUUUUACUGAGGGUGGAUUGAGGAGGUCACCAGCACACACACGGGAGGAGACGCCAGUGUCUGAAGGGCCGUUGAGAGAGUUAGAGACGCAUCUGGAUAUCUCUCAGUGGAGAGCGUCGCCUCAGGAUGAGAAGCAUGAAGAGGAAGUAGAAGGGGUGCCACGAGAGGAGGUACCACAAGAGGAGGUGCCACGAGAGGAGGUGCCACGUGAGGAGGUACCACGAGAGGAGGUGUCACGAGAGGAGGCGCAGGGUACUCAGCAAGAGAGCAGGCUAGGCGAYAUGGGGAGACGUGCAGGGAAGGAAGUGAUAGAGGUUGGAGAGGACACACCCCCACAGGCGCCAGCAAUGGGUUUGAGACUCGGGGAUGCACCAGGGAGCGCCCGAUCUGGGUCUGGGGGACCGGUUCCUGAGGCAGAGCAGCAGGUGGUCGUUAGUACCGCAGCUCCUCAAGCAAAGCAGCAGGGGGUUGUCAGUACCUUGGCAGGAUCUCCUUCAUCACCACCUCCUCAGCCCACGAAGAAGAAGUUCAAGAGGAAGGUUGAUCAGUUAUGUUUCUACUGCAAGAGGAGCAUGCAUCAUGCUCUGGACUGUCUCGAGUUCCUUGAGGAUAAGGCAGCAGGGAAGGUCUCAGAGGCAGGGGGUAAGAUGUAUGAUAGACAGGGUAGGAUAGUAAAGAAGUCCACAGAUGGACUUAGGACUCAGUUAUAUAGGCAAAACCAGGAGGAAUUGAGGAGAUAGUGUCGGGGUGUCUAUAUAGGUGGGCGAGUAUCUUGUGAGACAUC